ACGAUUCCGAUAUCAAAGUUUACUGAAUAAAAUACAAGUUGCUUCACUCGGCUCCACGCGCCGAAUUACCUAUUCACCGCCCCUCACUUCAUUUGCCGGGCGACGCUCCUACAAUCGAAUCUGUUGGGUUACACAGUGAGUAGAGUUUAAAUCGUUUUGAUGUGCGAGCGUUUUAUUACUAGUUGUACCGGGUGGACUCAGUGGACUGGCAAAUUAUUAUAAUCUAUUAUAUUAAAAUGUUGACUUAUUGUUCGGUAGACAGUUGUUUUACAAAGCGUGGAAGUGGUUUAAUGUUUCUUAGAUGUCCGAAAAAUGAAAAUAGGUGUCAACUCUGGAAAGGUAUUUUGGGAUUUACUGGCGAACAUAGAUAUGCCGAUCUUACUCCGGAACAAUGUUAUAAAAGGGGUUAAUAUCUGUAGCUUGCAUUUUGCGGAGAGCAGUUUUAUGUCCCCUUCAAAUCAACGUCUUAGACCCGACGCAAUUCCUACAUUGUUCCUGACCAGAGCAUCGACAAGCACAGAUAAUUCUAACAUCAUUGCAAGUCACACAUCAAGGAAGGAAUUCAGUGACGCUUCCAUGCAAACUGACACUCCGAUGCAGGUUAAUGUUUUUGUCCAGACGGAUAUAUGUAAUAAUACAGAUAAGUUCUGUCAAACGUCAAUGAAGAUUUCGGCAAUGACUCCAAGAAAAAUUCAAUUAAGAAAAGAAAUUAAAACUCUGGAAAAGGAAGGUUCUCACGCAAAAAGAUCCCUGGAAGUAGGAGUUACUUUGGACGAUGUUCAAAAAUUCCUAGAUGACAACUACCCAGCAGAUUCUUGUGCAUUCCUUAAGAGUCAGCUAUCUCUUCUGAACAAGUCUCCUCGGGCAAGCAGGUACACAAAUGAAUAUAACAAUUUGCUAUGAGUUUAUACCUUGUUGGACCAGAAGCCUAUAAAAAAAAUGCUAUCCGUUUGUCAUUUGUCGUCAAAGUUUACUCUUAAACGUUUCACAAAAAACUGGCCAAUAAAUCCAGGAUUUAAUGAUUUUAUUUUUCGAUUAACAGAAUUGAAAUCGCGUUUUUUAAAUGACAAAGCAAAAGACUGUUUUUUAUGUAUAGAUGAGAUGUCCAUUAAGUCACAUCUAUAUUACAAUAUCUCAAGUGACAAGGUAGUUUCCAGGAAGGUUUGAGAGGAAACAUUACAGAUAUUGCCAGCAACGUUUUGGUUCUAAUGGCCCGGGGUAUUGCAACCAGUUGGAAGCAGCCUAUCGCAUAUUUUUUCUAUAAAUCAUCUCCAAAUUCAGUUGAACUUAAAAAUAUUUUAUUUGAAUCAGUUCGGAAAAUCUAUUCAACAGGUUUAAAUGUCCUAGGCGUGGUUUCUGACGAGGGCUCAAUUUUUUAUAAACUAGUCAAAACUACUUUACAUUUAUCUGAGGAAAAUCCGCGGUUUUUAGUUGAUGACAAAGAACUUGUAUAUAUGUUUGACGUCCCACAUUUGUUAAAAUCAACGAGGAAUAAUUUUUUAAAGUAUAAUUUUGUAAUUAACAAUGAGCAACAAAUAAGAGUUAUUUGGAAACCAUGUAUAAUUAUGAUAAAAUGAAACAGUAUAGACUUGCUCCAAGACCAUCUAGCGAGCACAUUUUUCCCAAUAACUUUCAGAAAAUGAAGGUUAAAUUAGCGACACAGAUUUAGUCACUCUGUUGCAGUAGCAUUGCAUACUUAUAUUGAUUUUAAAA